AUGGUGACAGUAUCGUCAAGUUUCCAGGCUGCUGUUGAGAGGCAUGUAUUUGACAGAAUCUCACUGAAAAGCAAAGACUUGAAGCGGUUCCAGGCACUAUAUCACGGUCACCGCACUCGAUUCCUCCACAGUAUCGUCUUUACUAUCAAGUUCCCCAAGUUAGAGAACACGGAUGAUGAGGAUGAGCCGCUGCCCUGCAGGGAGUCACUCGAAGACAUCCAGUCGAUUGACCAAUUCUUCACCCGCCAUAUCAAGCAGCUGUUCAACGCGAUCAAGGCCCUCGAGGAGCAGAAUCCGUCAACAAUGGACGGCAUUUCCCUCACCAUCAGGGUCACCCGCCCCUCAGACUACAACAAAGAAGCCGACUACUGCGACCACCGCCGCUGGCCCUGCUGGCGCCUGCACCUCCUCUCCCCCACCUCCCUCCCACCCCUCUCCUCCAUCCGCUCCCUCUCCUUCCAGGACGCCUUCCCCUCCUACUACGACGACUGGGGCGGCGAGCGCUCGCGCCACCUCGACAUGCGCGCCCUCCUCGACCUCGCCGCCAAACUGCCCAACCUGCAACACCUCCGCACCCGCGGCCCCCUCGAACGCUUCCCCGUCUCCUACCUCCGCGACGAAGCCACGCAAUGCCGCCGCGUGUGGGAGGGCCCGUGGUGCGACACCCGCCUGGCCUUCGCCGCCGCCGCCGCAGCACUCAACCACGUCCUGCCCCUCGGCACGUUGACGACGCUCAAACUCCACUUCUUCGCCGCCGACCAGGCCAGCAUGUGCGACCAAACCCGCCCGCUACCCGACCUGACCGACGGCCGGCCGCGCGGCCACGACCCGCUCAGCGCCGCGCUGCACGCCCUUUCCCUCAACCUCGUCGAGCUCGACCUACGCGCAGUCGUCGACCCCUCCCUAUUCUGGCCCUCCUCCUCCUCCUCCCCAUCCUCCUCCCCGCCGCCGUCACCACCGCACUGGCCCCGCCUCCGCCGGCUGCGCGUCGAGUUCCACAACUGCACGCCGGACGGGUCGUGGUACUUCGACGCGCCCCAUGGGCACCCAGACGACAACGACCGCAGAGGCUUCCCGGUCACGGAAACGCACUACCCCCCGCUCGGCCCGGACCCGCACCCUGCCGACGCGGCGUGGGACGAGUACUGGAGCUACGUCGUCGACGACCUGGAGCCGGACGUCUUCCGCGUGCGGCCGCGCGAGACACGUAUCGAGCCGCUGCUGGUCGCGUUCGGGCGCGCGCUGGGGUGCAUGCCGCGACUGCAGGCGGCGGAGGUGUUUACGUGGGUGGGGUGGGCGCCGCGCGGGGAGGAGGAGAGGGAGGGGGAGGCGGGGGAGGUGUAUGGGGUGGAGGAGGUGGGGAGGUGGCGGAAUGGGUUUGUGCAUAGGUGGGGGGUUGGGGUUGAGGUGGGGAGGGAAGGGAGGAGGGCGAGGGUGAGGUGGGAGGUUGGUGGGUGGAGGGCGGGGGAGGAGGUGGGGAGGGUGUUGAGGGGGGGCUUGGGGGAGGAGGGGGUGGAGGUGGAGGAGGUGUGGGUGCCGUUUGCUUUGAUGGAUAGGAGGAGGGAGAAGGAGGAGGGGAGUGGGUGGGAUUCGUUGCUUUGA